AUGAAGAGAGUUCAUAGCAAAGUAAGUCCGACUCGGUAUUGACUUACAGGGGAAAUGCGAUAGAUUUUGAGAAACGUGGGACAAAUUACGGCUACUUUUCGUGUGAGAGAUAUUGGGGUACCUUACUUGCGCUUUGCAGAAACACCCAAUAUGUCAAAAAAUCAAUAUACGUAAAAUUUGCGUCUGCCAGGGAGUCACUGUAAAAAUCGCAAGGACGGAAUGUCACGUAGAGUGCAACAAAAUGUCAUCAAAUUUAUAGGGGAAUGAAGAAAAAAUAAAAAUUGCUUAUAACUGACAGGGGAAGUAACCCAAAUGCGACGUUAAGAUUUUGAUGAAACUUGGCAUAAAUUUAGACUAUUUUUUCAAAAUUAUAUGCUAGAAUCCUAGCUCGCGCUUUGCGGAAACAACCCAGAUUUAUAGUUUGAAAGACUGCGAAAAUAUGACAAUUUUUGCCGAAUUUUGGCACGAAAAGUUUCAUGCCUAUUUCGGUCAUAGAGGGUAAUGUUUCCACAAAAAACCAAUUUUUUCCGCACGAAACUAGCAAAGUUAUGGCCAAAAAGUGUUUUCUCUGUGACCGAUCUCCCCAUUUAGCGUGCUCUCUCGGCGGCAAAGAUCGUUGAAUAUUUCUGUGGCGCUUGCAAAGCGAGGACUAAAACUUUCAGGAAUUGAUAUUGAGCUCAUCACAUGUCAUGACCGACAUGUGUGCAAAAUUUAAAGAAAAUCUGAGCGUUGCAGUUGGGGUACUUUCGUUGUGAGUUGGAUCACGGUCUUAUUUAUUUUUUAACCGGGUUUGUUUUGUAUUAAAUCUAUUUUCUUACAUACCUAUGAAAUACAUACUCAUCUUCAAGGAAAACAAAAGUUUAAUCUAUCCUCCCGUUUUCAGUGCCUAUCGCAAGACUACUAUUGCCACGCGUAUACUGCCGCCUGGUUGUGGGACUGGUUUCGAUGGACAUCCGUUUUGGCCAUCACUUUAAUCAUUGUUUUCAAAUCCGGCGGGAUGUGGAAGAAGACGAACAGUUACACUGAGCAACCCGCCGUCGAAUUCCAGUCCAAUUGCUACGUAAUAUUUACGCAGGACAAUGGAGAUAUCUUUGAUUACUAUUUUUGGAGUCCGUUUUCGGAAUUGAACGAAGUUCAAAGGGAUCGGCUGAUCACUCCGAUUGUGUCGGUCAAUGAGAACGAUGUGGAUGGGGAUGGAAGCGUGGAUAAUGUAAGAGCUCAUUGUUAGUCUGAAUGUUUUGCAGAGUGGGCAAAUAAAAGUGGCAAUUUUAAGUUAGUUAUAAUUCACCAGUUUGUGGACCGUUUGUUGUAAAUGAUAUGUCAAACUGAUCAGCAAGGUCCCGCUUUUGCCUAGAGUUAGAUCUAACUCUAGCAUAGCUUCUAAAAUUAGCCAUGCCCUUAACCCUUUUCAAAAACCUGAAUCUUCCAAGAGCCAUGGGCCGGUCGGCAUUCAAAAAAACCAUUGUCUUUGCUUGAAAAUUCGGAAUUUAGUAUCACACCUUAGCCCUCAAAUCUACGAAAUCUUGAAGGCAAAAAAUGGCAACCUUGCGGAUCAGUAUGAGAUUGCAUUUACAAAAAAUGGUCUAUUGGUGGUCCGGUUAUAUCCAAAACAAAGUUGUUACAGUGGGGGACCUGAUCCAGUGGCAAAAAAAGUACCAUUUGCAUCCGCCAAGUAUAAAAAAUGUGGCAAAAUGCUUCCCUCUUCAAGUGAAAAAAAUUCGUUUUGAAGGGCCCGCCCUUUCUCAAUUUUGAAAUCUGAGGUUGUUUCAGUUGGAGAAGGAGGUAUUUUGGCCACAUUUUUUUAUGCUUCCAGGAUGCAAAAUGAUACGUUUUUGGCCACUGGAUCAGGCUCCCCACUGUAGUUAUUGUUGUCCCAGUCUAUCCUUUCCAAAAAUUUUUUUAUCAGUUGUAAAAUUGACGGAUUUUUCAGAUUGUAUUGGAAAUUCGCUUCAGUCAUCCAAAUAGCACAUUCGAAGUUCGAUCGCUUUCCUGGAUGCUGUUCUACAAGAUGUCGUUGAACAAAAGGGCUAUCAUUCAAGUGAGUGAUUAUUGAUCAGCCUUCUUUUUGCAUCAAUUUGACUGUUAAUGGCGAAUAAGAAGCUCUAAAAACGCGCUUUGAAUUUUGCCUUUCACUGUUCUCACCUUUUUCUCUGCACGUCUCUUCGUUUUACGAGAUCUCUCGUCUGAAAAAAAAUCGUUGAAUAUUUUAUCGCCAUACUACAGUGGCGGACCUGAUCCAGUGGCAAAAAACGUACCAUUUUGCAUACGGAAAGUAUCAAAAAAAUGUGGCAAAAUGCCUCCCUCUCCAGCUAAAAACCUCCCUUUUGAAGGGGCGCUUCCAUCACAAAAAAACGAACGCGCUUUUGAAAUCGAAGUUUUUUAACCUGGAGAAGGAGGCAUUUUGCUAUAUUUUUUGAUACUUUCGGGAUGCAAGAUAGUACUUCUUUUGCGACUGCAUAAAGAUCCGCCACUGUAUGUUUGAAAUUUCAGGCUGAUGGCGUCCUUUUCCACGAGCUCCGCCGACCAUUCGCAUUGGCCUCCUACUCGCUGCAAAGCGAUCUCAUCUUCGAUCAACGCAAGCCUCUGCCGUCUUAUGGGAACUAUCGUUUCAAACAAGACAUCUUCUCCAAGUUCAGCGACAACCCCGACCAAAACGAGACCGAUGUGGAGUUUAAUUACGGCAGUGUUAGCUAUCAACCGUUCGAGAUCCAACGGCAAAGCAUUCUGUAAGUUUCCCUUGAACUGAAAAAUAAAAAAAAAUGAAUUUCCUGAUCCAAGGGUUCACUUCAAAUCAUUUUCAGAGCCAACUACAGUAUUAAAAUGGGGAGAAAGGUUGAUUUUUGGGAAGCAAAGGGCUCUGAAAUUCCGGAGGAAUUAAAGCUGACAUUCGAAUUCAAUGUUCUUCCGUCCAAUUUGGUCUACGAAACGGACGCGGCGGAGUUGUUGAAAUGGCUUUGGAUCCAAGUGUUGGCCGUGUUUUUGGUGAUUAACUACGUUUUCCAUCGACUGACCGGGAUUUUCAUCGAGAAUGGGACUUUUGGGACAAUUCCAAGGUCCGAAAAGAUGAUAAAACUGGAUUAA